AUGGCCACCGUCUCAGUCCCACCAUCACCGACAGCCGCAGGACACCUUGGCAGUAGCAUGGCAUCGACAGCGACGCCACUCAGCAACGACAGUGGCGGCGGCGCGGCUUCGGCGUCGGCAUCGGGCUUCAGCUUUCCGGCCAUCCACUCGUUCCCGCCCUUCUACACGCUCCAGCCCAACCCGACGUCGCGCGCCCAGCAGCUGGCGCAGUGGCGCUCCCUCAUCCUCGCCUUUUGCCGGCAUCAUCGCAUCUUUUACGUCGACGCCGCUCCCACCUCCUCCUCGUCCUCCGCGAGCGCAGUGGCGCCGGGAGUCGAUGCCGACGCACGCGAGCGAGACGUGUGGCAGUCGCUUUUCCGCAACGCCCGGAUAUCCAGGGCCCUCGACGGCGAGACGGUCCGCGAGAUCCUGCAGGACAUGGUCAGGAAUCGCCAGGCGGCGUGGGACGGCGUCAGGCCCGGCAAGGCGGCGACGGGCACCAAGGCCCUCAUCUACUGGCGGACGCCCGCGCAGUGGGCCGACCUCAUCUACGACUGGGUGUCGGCGACGGGGCAGAACAAGAGCAUCAUGACGCUGUUCGAGCUGACCCAGGGCGAUCUCGUCGAGGGCCAAGAGUUCCACAACCUCCCAAUACCGCUCCUCCGCCAGGCGCUGCAGCACCUCUCGACCCAGGGCAAGGCGCAAAUCUUUGCCGGGACAGAGACAGACGACGGCGAGGGCGUCAAGUUCGUAUAG